AUGAACAUGGAUGAUAAGAAAUCGAAUGAAGACCUUUUAGGAGAGCACAACUCUACAUCAGUUAUAGAAUGUGCAGCACGUUGUCAAAAAGAUUGUAGCUUCUAUGGGUUUAAUCCCGAGAUGAAGAAAUGCCGUACCCAUAAGAUGAUUUUCCCGUCGGGGAUGUCAAAUGAGGAUGGCUGGAGAUACUACUCACAUGACUUCAUUCCAAUAGACUGUAAGGAUCUUCAAUCAGAUGGAUACUUUAAUUCAGGAAUCUUUGAAAUAUAUCCCUAUGGAACCAUCACCAGUCCUGUCCAGGCGUACUGCGAUAUGACCACAAUGGGCGGUGGAUGGACGGCAAUCCAAAAGAGAAUUACUGGAUCCCUAGACUUUAACAGGACCUGGACGGAAUAUAAAAACGGAUUUGGUUCACCGGAAGAGGAUGUCUGGAUUGGAAAUGAUGUAAUCCAUCAAUUAACAAAAGAAAACACCUCAUCCCUGUAUGUUUCCAUCACUCUCCAGAAUGGUACAACGCUUUAUGAAACGUACGAUUUCUCUGUCUCUAACGAAGCUGGAAAAUACCAACUCUUUCUUGCAGGACCUGCCACGGGAACUUUAGGCGACAGUAUGAUAGACACCGGGGAUUCAACAAAAGAUUUGUCAGGGAUGUACUUCUCCACUAUGGACAGAGACCACGACAGAUGGGGUGAUGAUAACUGUGCUGUAAGAUGGGGAGGAGGAGGAGGCUGGUGGUAUAACUCCUGUAAACGAUGCUCCCUUAACGGUCCCUGGUCCCAAAAUUCGAGGGGUAAUUCCUGGUAUACUGCAGUUAGGGAUCCUCAAGAGAUAAAAGAAACUCUCAUGAUGAUAAAACCUCACUGA